UCGUGAAAGACGAAGAAUAUACAAUAAAAUGAUAAAAAGCUUAAUUAACUUUGCAUAAUGAAUAUUUGAAACAGAAUGGCUCAUUUUGGAAAAGAUCCUGAAAAUUUUAGUCCAACGAGGACCAUCAGAAUUCCUCGAGCUGAAGCCAGAGAGAAUUUUACGGUAUAUAUUAUUGAAGUAAAUGUAGGGUGUUACACCUGGACUGUAGAACAUCGCUAUAGCGACUUCCACGAGCUUCACGAUAAGCUCGUAUCAACUCAUCGCCUCGAUAAAAAUUUACUCCCGAAGAAAAAAGUAUUUGGUAACCAAAACGAUGCCUUCAUUAAAAAACGACAGGCUGAUUUAGAAUCGUAUCUUCAGACUAUUCUGUAUUACGUUGCCCAGAAAAUCCCGUCUGUACUUGCUAGUUUCUUGGAAUUCGAAGAAUAUGAAAUUCAUGGUUUAACUCAGUCUCUGGCAGAAGAAUUAUAUAAUAAAGGAGAAAGCAUUUUACAGCUGCGUGAAACCUACACCCUAUCAGCCUUACAGCUUUACGCUUUAACAGAGAGAUUAAAACUACCAGAGCCAACUUGUGACAGUGGAGAUGUUAAGAAAGAUUUGGGUCAUAUCUUAGAUUUUAUCACCAGGUUAAAAUAUCUCAAGGUAUAUGGAGGUAAUGAAGAUGUAGGAAGUAGUAAUAUUAAUAUGAAUAAACUAAUAUUUGAUCUAACUCUCUUUAAAUCACUGGAAUAUGUUGAGAUAUUGAAUUGUAGUGCUUCAGCUGUGAAAGGACUAGAAACAGUCAAACAAACUCUUCAAACUUUAUCUGUACAUAAUACACUUACUGAUAUCAGGGAAAUCCUGCUACCGGAUGCCAGACAUUGGAAGGCUGAAGAUGGAACCCUGGUAGUAUCAUACUGGGACAGUCUGGAACAAGUUGACAUAUCCCAUAAUUCCAUAUCUUUUAUAGAUGAAAGCAUACAAAUGGUACCAAAUGUUGAGCGUUUGGAUCUUAGCAGAAACAAGAUACGAGAAAUGAAACACUUUCAAUGGUUGAGUCAACUCACAUACCUAGAUCUAUCCCAUAAUAUGUUGGACAACCCGGAAUCUCUUCACACCAAACUUGGUAACUUAAAAACAUUGAAAUUAGCAGGCAAUAAACUUACUCAUUUACAAGCCUUUUCCAAGUUAUUUUCACUGGAAACUUUAGAUAUUAGUCAUAAUGACAUUACUAAGAUUGAAGAUGUAGCUCCAGUGAAUGGUCUCCCUUGUUUAGAAAACCUAUUACUAAGAGGAAAUCCAGUGACCAUGGUAUUAGACUAUAGAACUAAAGUAUUUGAACUCUUCGCUGACAGAGUGACAGAGGUUUGUUUGGACAUGGAGAAAGCCAGCCAAAAAGAACAAGACACAGUGGCAGUGUUAGUUGCUUUACAAAAAGCUAAAAAUAGCAAGGAGCGAGCAAAACAGAUCAAAUCCAGAAAGGUAGGGGAUAGCAAUUAUUACCAACACUUAAUUUGA